AGUACGGUAGUAAAUACGCAUCCCACCUACCAUCGGCGGCCGGCGGGACCAUCCUUGACCUUUUCUGGAUUUGUAGCUUCGAAGUUACGGGAUGCCGGUGCUUACCUUCCGCCGGGCGUCCCGAUGUGCUCAACAACUUCCUCCCAUGAGAAGAAGAGGAAGAGGAAGAAGAAGAAGAAGAAGAAGUGGUCUUAAACAUAUUGCCCCCUCCACCCUUCGAAGUUGAGCAAAGGUAAACAAACGAAAAGGAGACAAAAUGGCUUCUCUUACACCCGGAGUACUAAUCAAACUACUUAAGCACAUGAAUUCUGAUGUUAAGAUAUGUGGAGAACAUAGAUCAAUUCUGCUGCAGGUAAUCAGCAUUGUGCCGGCCAUCACUGGCUCGGAGUUAUGGCCAGAUCAUGGCUUCUUCAUCAAGGUUUCAGAUUCUUCUCAUUCCACUUAUGUUUCUUUGUCCAAGGAUGACAAUGAGCUUAUCUUAACAAAUAAAUUGCAACUCGGCCAAUUUGUUUAUGUCAAAAAAGUGGAGUCUGGAACUCCGGUUCCUGUUUUAGUUGGGGUUAGACCGCUGCCGGGGAGGAAUCCGUGCAUAGGAAACCCUAAGGAUCUGAUGCAAAUGACAGUGCCUUCUGAUAUUUCAAAGAGUUUAUUAUCAGCUCAAAAAGUGAAUCUCAAGCUGACUGAGUUGGUUGAGCGGAAUGAUGAAAGCCAGAGGAAGAGAGUGGUUAUUAAGGAGGAGAAAACAGCGGUGGCUUCUAGGUACUUGCAAGGUGUUUUGGGAAGCAACGGGAAGAGUUCAGGAGCUAAAGGUCAUGCUUCUGGUUGGAAAGUAAAUGGAAAUGAGAAUGACAUUGGUUCACCCAAGAUAGUUGGUUACUCCAGAGGGAAAUUGGAACCCAAAAACCAGCGAAUGAUAAAGAGGAAAAAUCUGGCUUUUCUGAUUGCUGCUGAGGCUCAAAGAGAAGCAGCUGCAGCUGCUGAUCUCGUCAAGGGUCUCAGCAUUUUUGCUGAUCUUCGCAAGGCUUCUCCACGCGAAAAUCACCAUGUUUCUCUAAAUAAGUUCUUCACAUUAUACCAGCUCAUUAGUACGCCAAACACAACCAUCCAAAUGGAACAUAUCCCCUCUCAGAUCACCAAAGCGACAAUUCCAUGUCAAGAUAAUCCAAACAAAAAGUUUUCACCAUCUGAAACAUCAAAUACACUAACUCCUUCCAAUCUCUCCGAAGAACCUUACGAAAAUGAAAAGCUAGAAUGGGCAAGAGUUGAUGGCUUAAAGGAGAUCCAGACUGUGAGGGCCACUCUCCUAAAAGAGUCGAAGUCAUGGUUUCUCAGGUUCUUAGAUGUUGCCCUCGAAGCUGGUUUUCGUUCCGGUUCUCGUCCGAAGAAAGGUACGAAGGAAAGAGUUGCUGGGAUUAGCAAGGAAUCUGAGGACAAGAUUGCAGUGACUUUAUCACAGCUAAAACAAGUGAAUGAUUGGCUUGAUGAGCUACUUAGUGAGGAUGGGAUUGAGGAUGAUGAAGUACUGUCAACGAUUGAAAGGUUGAAGCUGAAGUUGUAUUCUUGCUUGCUUGGACAAGUCGAAUCAGCUGCUUCUGCACUCGAGAGCAGAACUACUUCUGGCUGAAGCUUUUUUUUUGUAAUUUCUAGUUCUGGUUGAUAACUGUUAUUAUUUGGAGCAACUUUUAUGAUGGUUUGGUGUAAAUUUUUCAUUUCAUU